AUGUACGUGCUGAUCGAAGCGCUGGCGGACGGCGGCGUCCGGAUGGGCUUGCCGAGAGCGAUGGCGAUCAAGCUCGCCGCGCAAACCGUCAAGGGUGCCGCGGAGAUGGUUCUGGAGACGGGAGAGCACCCAAGUGGGCCAAAGAACGGCAAGGGGCUUUCGGGGCUAGGGUGCCGGGUAGGGCCUGGGGGGGGACUGACGAUCGCGGCCAUCGAGUCUCUCGAGAAGAAUGGUGUUCCGUCCGCGGCGAUGCAGGCGGUUAUCGCGGUCCCGUCCAAGUCGAUAGAGAUGCGCAACGCCGAGGAAGAGAAAGUACUGCAGUAG